GGGGGCCUCACUUCUGCUUAGCAUCCCCUUUCUCCGGGUGUCCCUCACCCCGCACAUGGGCUUGGCAGGGGGCACGGGGAGCGCGUGACAUCACUGGGUUCCCCUGGGAAUCCCCCGCUCCCUGCCCAGAGCUCUGUGGGGUGGCGGUCGAGGUAGUGCCCUGGUGGGGAUGGGGUUUGUCUGGAGGCCCUGCUGGGAGCUGCCUAUCUCCCUGCCCCGCAUGUGGGACAGGAUGGGGUGGCCAUGCAGCAGGGUUCAGCUGUGGUAGAGAACAAGCGGCUUUGGCCCCCAGGGCCUGGCUAAAUUCCCCCAGGGUGCAGGCCCCAGUGGCUCUGUGGCUCCUGGGCUCAUAGGAGGGGGAGAGAGUUGGCUGAUUCCCAUUGCUAGACACCCCCCCUCCCCCGAUCCCCUUUCGCCCGGUGUCCCUCACCCCGCACAUGCCUCCCAGUCUGGGCUGGUAUCCCAGGCCUAGGGGCCAGGGGAAGGUAACGGGAGCUGUGGGGUGGGGUGGGGUGUGGUGCUGCCUGCUGUGGAAUGUGCCCUGGCCGGUCUGGGCAGGCUGGGCUUUGGCUUGUGCUGGAGCCUGCAGCCCCAUGCGUGUCCCCCUUGCUGACUGCCUGCCUGCCUCUGGGCUGGGAGCUGGAGUAAUGCUGUAACCCCCAGUGUGCCGGCUGCCCAUAGCUCCCUGGCCCUCUGUGCAGGAGGGCUCGGUGCUGUCCCCUCCCCCUGGCCCGGCGUGGCGUGGCGGCCAGCUGGGCCCAGGUUUUCUGUCAAGCUGAGUGAAGUGUCCCUCUAGCUUGCUUUUCUGUGGGGUGCGGGGCUGGGCUGCAAGGCAGGCUCAAGGGGUCUGGCUGUGUCUUAAUUUCUCCUGAACGUGCUGCCCUGGAAGCAGGAGCCAGCUGCAGAUUGGUCUCUGCCUGCUGUUUGCGUGGGGUGGAGCAGUGCCCCCCACGGAGCAGUGCCCCUGGCAUGGGCUGAAGGUAGCUCCUGCUGCAGAGCCUUGGGGACGUGGCUUUUGGCACCCGCUCCAUGGGCACCGGGCCAGGAGCUGCUCAGGUGUGUUCCCGGGGCAGCCUGCGCGUCCUGGCUCCAUUGUGGAGCUGUGUGCUGAGAGCUCAGGAGAUGGUGUGAGGCAGGGAGCUGUCGCUGCCCCAAGGGGAGGGGCUGCUCAGCCUGGGAGGUGGGGAGCAGAUGCUACUCCCUCUCUGUGAAUCGAGGGCCUCCUGUUCCACACAACCCCGGCCCCCCCUCCCGGAACAAGAGAGAGUCACUGAAACUGACAGGGAGCAAAGGAAACGCUUCUAAACACAGGGCACCUGGGCCUCUGGAACUCACUGCCAGCAGGUGCCAUGGCCCAGGAAGGUCCCAGCAUCUCUGUGGAAGACGGGCCCCAGCUGUACAUCAGGGAAGGGGUACACAGGGGAGACCUUCGGGGAUGGGGGCGUUCAAGCCAACUCUCAGAUCCUGACCAUGACGGAUGGGCUCAUGAGCAAAGCUGCCACGAUGGAGAUCCCCAUCAAUGGAACCGGGGACACGGGCAGCCUGCCGGAGGACGAUGGCCUGGAGCAGGACCUGCAGCAGGUGAUGGUGUCGGGGCCCAACCUGAACGAGACCAGCAUUGUGUCGGGGGGCUACGGGGGCACCGCCGAGGGGAUCAUCCCCACCAGCAGUGUCAAAGGCCCUGCGGUGCGAUAUAACGCCUCCUUCCCGGGACUGCGGCUCCUCCAUGCACAAGGCACCUUUGUCACAUCUCAUUCCUCCCGAGGACCAUCCAUCUCACCCAGUGAAUCUGCUGCCAGCCGGAUCGCCAGCCAGGCAGAUGCAUCAGCAGGCUCCGGGCUGCACCCGCCCCACCCCAGCCCCCUGGCGGCAGGAGAUGAGGCCACCCGGGGCAUCGCUGUGGAGAAGUUUGAUAUUGUCAAGAAAUGGGGCAUCAACACGUACAAGUGCACCAAGCAGCUGAUCUCGGAGCGCUUCGGCCGGGGCUCGCGCACGGUCGACCUGGAGCUGGAGACGCAGAUCGAGCUCCUGCGAGACACGAAGCGCAAAUACGAGUGUGUGCUGCAGCUGGCGCGGGCGCUGACCCACCACUUCUACAGCCUGGUGCAGACCCAGCACGCCCUGGGCGACGCCUUCUCCGACCUGAGCCAGAAAUCCCCCGAGCUGCAGGAGGAGUUUGGCUGUAACGCAGAGACGCAGAAGCUGCUGUGUAAGAAUGGAGAGACCCUGCUCGGGGCUGUCAAUUUCUUCGUCUCCAGCAUUAACACCCUGGUGAACAAGACUAUGGAGGACACGCUCAUGACUGUUAAGCAGUACGAGACGGCCAGGUGAGCGGGUGAGGGGGGCCCAGCCA